UACAGCUAAUAUGGGCCACCCAGAUUUCUUAUCCGACCCGACCCGACUCGAUUAACCCGGAUCUUCUCUUGUUCAAAAUAAAGCAGAGAGAAAGCAAAAAAUAAUACUUUUACUUUCAUUUGGUACUGAAAGGGUCGGAGGGAGUUACUUGCUCCGUUGCUCCGGUCAAGUCACGGCGAAGAGGUUGGAACUGAAUGCGAAUUCGUUGUCAGAAUCUCGUUUAGAAGAUAAGAGAAGAAUUCAGACAAUGGAGAAGGAAUUGUUGAAUUGCUACCAGGAGAUUGAUUACUUGCGGGAUCAAGUAAAUGUCAGAGGCCUAGAAGUGAACUACCUGAGUGAACGUGUGCUCGAUCUUGAAGUCAAAGUAAACGAAUCAGGGAAUUUGGAAGAAGAAGUUCAAUUUUUGAGGGAGGAGUUGUGUACGUCAAAAUCUGAGCAACUAUUGUUGUUGCAAGAACUUGAGAGCACAGAAACUGAGCUACACUUGUCUAGGUUUUCUGUUGAGAAGCUGGAGGAGUCUAUCUCAUCCUUGACAUUGGAGUCUCAGUGUGAGUUAGAAAGCAUGAAACUUGAUGUAGUAGCGUUGGAGCAGGCAGUCUUUGAUGCUAAGAAAGUUCAAGGAGAAAGCAUCCAAGAAAACGAGAAGUUAAGAGAAAUAGUCAAGGAGCUACAGUUGAAGUCUCGAGAGGCACAAGAGAAUGCUGAGUGCUUAGAAAAGCAAAACAAAGUGCUGAGAGAGAGAUGUGUAGCCUCUGAAAGGAACAUCGCAGAAUAUUGUCAAAGGUUUAAAGAACGAUGGGAAAGUGAAAGUGAAUCGCCUGUAAAUUUAGAGUGUUUCUUUGCUGAAUUGAACCACAUGCUUCCAGUACCUGAUGAAGCCCGAGAAUGUGUCCAUGAGAUCAUCAAGAAAGCAGGGAUUUUCAAGGAUGCGAAACUGAGAGACAAAAUGGAGGAUAUGGCUAGAAAGAUAUGUGAAUAUGAAGAUCUUGUAAGGGAGCUCAAGGAUGAGUUGAAAGAAGAGAAACUAAAGGCCAAGGAAGAAGCAGAGGACUUAACACAAGAAAUGGCUGAAUUAAGAUAUAAAAUGACAUGUUCGUUAGAGGAAGAAUGCAAGCGGCGUGCAUGCAUCGAACAAGCAUCAUUACAAAGAAUAGCCAAUCUAGAGGCACAGAUCAAGAGAGAGAAGAACAAGUCCUCAACUUGCUUAAUACCUCUUUCUGCCGUAUAGAACAGCAAAGGUUUAAACUUGGAAUCACCGUUAAUGCCUCAGAGAAGCCUUAAGCUAAUAAGGUUCGAAUUUGUAUACAUUUCAAGUGUACAUAAUCCAAUUUGAAUGGGAGAUUGGAAUAUAGAUUUCAUCUCUGUGAUUGUGUAUAUAUAUAGAAAUUGAGUUUUAAAAGUGUGAAACUGCUUCUUCAUGUGGCUUUUCGUUGAGCAACAUUCAGAGAUAUUGAGAUGAAUGAAUCUCUAGAGAAUGUUGAAACUGAAAGGCAAUGAUCGUUGACCAAGAAGCUUCCUACUGGCUUGUUGGACUCUAUUUGAUGGGCCUGUUGUAAGCAGAGUUCAAUAGGGCCGAGUUGAUCUGAUGGUCCAUUCUUAUCACUUUUAAUAUUCUUUUUUUUCUUCUUGUUUUCUUGUAAAAAAAAAAAAAAUCUUUAAUAAGAGUUGUUCCAUGUCAUGAA